CAGCGCCGACAAAAACACCAUGAUAUCGAAUGAAUUCAGAAGUGAACGAAAAUUAACCAACAGUCAUUACAUCGAAUCAAGAUACAACCUGAAGAGAGCGAGGUCUGGAACUAUUAUGAGCCAGCAAUAAAUGAUUACAACAUGACUGAUACAUCACGUACCUAGUAAACUUUGUCUGAAAAUGACGGCGAAGGAACUUAAAACUUUGGUCACUUUUCUGAUGUUUCAUCUCUGUUUGUCCCUUAAUGAUUCAAUUCAUGGAACUCCUAAUAUAAUUAUCUUUCUGACUGAAAGUCUCUCUAUGAAAGAUCUGGGUUUUUACUACGAUAACUCCCAAGAAACUCCAAACAUAGACAGCUUGAUCGAGGAAGGAGUUGUGUUUUCGCGCUUUUACGCCCAGUCGUCAAGGAUUGCCUCUCUUUCAUCUCUGUUAACAGGAUUGUUGCCACCUAGAACUGGAAUCAUCAAGAGUAAGUUUCUGAAUUUCAAAGAAAUUCCGUCUUUAGCUUCUUCAGGAGGCUUACAGCACGCAGAAAUAACUCUAGCGGAAGAUUUGAAAGCCAAGGGCUACACAACAAGUUUUGUGGGUUUAUGGGGAUUAGGAAUUGGUAGAAAUGCUGAAUAUUUACCUCUCAAUCACGGAUUCGACUCCUGGUACGGCGUGGCGUCUGCAAACAAAGAACCUUGCAUGGAAAGUUACAAGACAACAUCUGAUUCACUGUACACAUGGCAGUCUGUCUGUGCGUUUUUCAGUCCUUUACUGUACAUUCUUCCAUUUGUUAGUUUUGUCGGUUGGUACAAAGGCCUUGCUAACAUAGUCACUGUUAUCAUAGUUAUUAUCGCUUUUAUCAUAUACAGCAGUAUUCUUCAUGAUGUUAUACACUUCACAAUGGAUUUUAUCCAAGUUAAAAGCUGUGUUCUGUAUAGAAACAGCAACAUCAUAGAACAGCCAUACACUGUCGAAAACUUGACCUUACGGUUUACAAGGAAUGCUGUGCAAUUUUUGGAGUCUUCAUCAAUUUCUUCCAAACCUUUUCUUCUAUUUUUCAGUUUCAUGAACCUUAAUCAACCAGAAUUUGCUUCAAGGCUAUUUUCUAACUCAUCACAAAGUACUUAUUCUGAUGCUCUUAAGGAGCUUGACUGGAGUGUUGGAAGGAUAUUGAGAGUGUUAAAGAAGCGGGAUCUAGAAAAUAAUACAUUAGUUCUAUUUUUAUCAGCCACUGGUCAUCAUGUUCAUAAAGCUUCUGAAAGUUGUAGUGUGGUUGAAAAUGGUGAAAGAGAAGCCUCAUGUCUGCAAGGUGGCAGUGUAAAUGGAAUUUGGGAACAAACCAUUCGUGUUCCAGCAGUGAUGAGAUGGAAAGGAAAACUUAAAGAAAAACAAAUAAUCAAGACUCCUGUGACAAUAAUGGAUGUUGUUCCAACAGUGCUGGAGUUGCUCAAUGAAAGUACUGAAGCUGUGUAUUUAGAUGGCAAAAGUUUGUUACCAGUCUUACUUAACUCAUCAGCAGAAUUUCAGCAUAAGUACAUUUUCCAUUACCUGGAUGUCACCAAGCCAGCUGCAAUAACAUCAGGAUCUUAUAAAGUUUUGUAUACAGGAGUUAAAGAUAGCAGAAACUUACAGUUUCAUGAACCUCCACUACUGUUCAAUGUUGAGGUUGACCCAGAGGAGACUUCACCUUUACCAAAUGUUGAACACAGAGAACUGUUGGCAAACUUUUCAGAUGCUUUGGCUGAGCACAUGAAAACAAGAAAAAACAAAUGGCAUUCACAACUGGACAGCAGAAUCAUUCCUUUCUUGUUUCCUUGUGCAAAUUUUCCACGCUGUUUCCAAGCUUCAGAUGAAAACAAUGACUUCUCAGAGUUAUUUAAUUAACUUAUUUUUUCAUAACUGUUGGUGAAAGGUUAGUCUUUUACUGACUUGCACCAAGUUUUAUCUACUUUGAAUAUUAAUGGAGGAAGCCCACGAGCAGUGUGCAUUGAGAAUCAUGAGGAGGGGAAACAAAAGUAUGACCAGUUACUCCUCUUCCUUCCCAUUGCCCCCUUUGUAAUGGUAAUAAUAGGUUCUUGCAACCCUGCAGUCAGGUAUUGGUAAGGGGUAACUAGGAAGGGGUGAGGGUAAAUUAUAUACUUGACAAGUAGCCUUCAGCCGUUCUCAAUGUUGUCUAACAUUCCAGUUACACAUUACUGCUGUGGAAGCUUACCAGACCUCUACUUCUGAUGGUCAGCAUGUCAACUAUUAUACCUCUGUGCCUUUCAGAAUAUAUGAAUGAAAAAAACUUCUGACUCUCAGUAUGUUUUGAAGGAGCCCUAAAACUUCAACUAACAAACUGUUCGAAAAUUUUACUUAUUGCAAGCAUUACACUUUGAAUUGAACAAAGACAUCACUAAUAAAGUAGUUCUUUUCAACAAACAAGACUAUUAUUUGCAUGUGAUUAAGUAUCACCAAAAGGAAGUGAUGUAACAAAGUACAUUGUAACAGAAAUUGAACCUCAUUACUUAAUAGUUGCUAAAUUAUCAAUAUAUGCUUAACUCUUUGACUGGCAAUAAAUCAAAAGUCCCCAUUCUUGACUUUAAUUUCAUAA